CUCUCGCCAUGCAUGCUAGUACUAAAUUGGACUACUCUCUGCUCCGAUUUGGCAGAUACCAUGACCGAACACCGACUUCUCGACCCCCACCUUAACUGCCUCAUGACCGUGAAUUUGACACCUGAGUGGGCGGCUAGGACGCCUCGCAAUGCUUAGUCCGACGCCGAACGCCUCAAAAAGCGUCGGCCUUCAGAGAACCGGCGAAAGUUUUCCAUUAAGAACCGGUGCUACGGUAGCAGGUGGCAGUUCUAACGGGCUCAUGUAUGCUGCCCAACAGGGCAAUGUUGAGAGAGUACGGGAACUGAUACGCGAACAGCGACAUCUCCUUUACGAGAGGGACAGAACAAAAAAAACUGCACUGCACUACUGCUGCACCAGCGAUAACAAAAGAGCCGCUCAAGUUGCUGACUAUCUGACCAUGGCAGCUCCAGAACUUGUGGAAACCAAGGAUGAGGAUGGUUUCACCCCCCUUCAUCUAGCUGUAAUCGCUGGAAAUAUGUCACUUGUCACGUUUCUGAUAGCGAACCACGCUGACGUUAAUGCUGUUGAUAACGAGAAGCAUACUGUGGUGCAUUGGGCUACAGUCUGCGGUGAAACAGAGGCCUUAAGGGCAGUAAUUGCUGCAGGGGCUCCAGUUUCCUCCCCUGACGUCCACAGGGGCUACCCGCUACACUAUGCUGCACAAAUGUGCGGAGGGAACGAAAAAGACGCGAACCUUGGCUUCCAAGUGCUGCAAACGCUGCUCACCACCAACGGCAUCGAUGUGACUGUAGAGGACGGGGAUGGAAGGCAACCAUUACUCUGGGCAGCCAGUGCUGGAUCUGCCAAAGCUGUUUUGGCACUCAUCCGUGCCGGUAGUCCGGUGGAAGCGGCAGAUAAAGACGGUUUGACAGCGUUGCAUUGUGCGGCAUCCAGAGGACAUACAGACUGUCUCGACACCCUGUUAACGCUAUGCGGAGCAUCUUGUGAUAUAAUAGAUAGCAACGGAUGUACUGCCCUCCACUAUGCUGUCACUUUAGGUCAUGCAGAUGCAACUGCUCUGCUUCUAGCCCACGGCUCGGACCCCAACAGACAAGAUCGGAAGGGCAGAAGCCCAGCCCAUUGCGGCUGUUCUAAGGGUCAGUUCGAAACUGUGAAGAUGCUGGGUGCCCAUGGAGCCAACUUAUGGCUGAAGAACGCAAGGGGUGAUCUUCCGCUUCACGAAGCCGCCGCUUCAGGUAGAAGGGACUUGGUCAAAUGGCUAUUAACGAUGAGACCGAGCCAAGUCAAUGCUAGGAACAACGAUGGGAGAUGCCCACUUCAUUUGGCAGCCCUGAACGAUAAUGCGGACAUGUGCAAGAUCUUGCUGGAUUCCGGAGCUCAAAUAAACCCAGUACUAAGGACUUCCAAAAACGUCUUCAUGACACCCCUAGACUGCGCCCUUCGUAGAGGUUUCAGAUCAACAGCAAAGUACCUGCAGCUCCACGGCGGUGUACCAGCCUCCAGGUUACAAGCGACACAGCACCAAAACGCGAAUAGUGCCGUUAGUAUGCAGAUAAGAGACGAUAUCACAUUUUGGGGCGACACAAGUUCCGAUAGCGAAAGAGAAAACGGCGAACUCAACAAGCACUUCAUGAAAAUCCAGAAAAAGAAGCUGGCGCAAAAAUACAAGAGGAAACGUGGCUCGGCAUCGGCCAGCGAAUUUGAGAAUAGAGUUAGGGGAAAGAUGGACGAGCAAAAAUCUAGUAGAAAACAUAGCGAAAAAGCUAGGGCGCGAAACGAUAGCGCAACUAGUGUAGCAGCACUUCCGAAAAAAUCGUCUAGGGGUAGGUUCGAUUACAGUAACGAAAUAGUCAUAAACGGAAACACGGAAAUAAAUAUCCAUCAAACCAGAGCAAUAUCUGUUGGUAGAGAAGUAGACGUUCCGAUAGAUCAGCAAAUUCAUGAAAAACUUGUUUCGAGCAAAAAUAUAGAUUCCUCGAGGACUAAGGACAUAUUUACAAAAUCAAGAAGUGCCAAGCAAGUAGUUGAUACUGGAGCAAAUAGAUCCGAUUCAGACAGAAGCAGCACUGCUAGAUCGAGUGCCAGUAAUUCCAUCAAAAGCAUAAAAAUCGAUAAGAGGAGGAGAAAGGAUCUUGAAGUCAAAGACCAAUCAACGAACACUAUAGAACGAAUGAAAGACAGAGCAUCUUCAAUACAAGUAGCUAAAAGCGAUGCUGCUGUCAUAACUGAUGACUAUUUGAUUGAUUCGUUAAGGGAGGACAAAUCAGCUAUGAUGAACUAUCAAUCGUCUAAGAUGUCGGACACGAGUGAAGACCAGGAGAGGCAGCAAAACAUAGUAGUUGAAGCAUCGAUACACGAACCACCCAAAACUUUGAUAAUCGAUGAAGUACAACAACAAUCCUUACAGGAUUCCGAAAGAUUGCCAGAGAAAAAUUCCCUAACACAAGAAAUUGUCGAAGAAAACAUCGAAAAGGAAGUAACAGAAACUUUGGACAAACAAAUUUCGAAUGAAUUAAAGAGUUUUGAAGAAGAUUCCUCACCAAAACUGAGUGAGGAGAAGGAAGAUGAGAAAAACAUAGCAGGAGAGGACCUAAACAUAGGUAUAAAUGAAGUAACAAAUGCUGAUACCGAAGAAUCUACUCAGGAACAACCAGAAAGUAUCAGCGAUAAGACAAAAAUGAAUGAGGAAGAGGUGAAAAUUGAUAAUGAAAAAGAAGAAACGACGAAUGAAGUUCAGGAAGAAAAUAAAGCAAGAGCAGAUAGUGGACACACUGAUGUGCCUGAAUUCGAAAAUGAUGAAAAUCAAAGAUCGAGGAAAUUGAGUAAUUUAAAAAGAAUUCUCUCUCAUGACACAUUUCUCCGGAACCAAGAACCAUCAGAGGGGAGUCAGGAAGGGGAUGGAACAGCCAACGAAGUUGCUGAUGCUGCAAUCGGUCUCAUCAAUUUGAAUAUAGAGCAGGAACUUUCACUAAAAAUUCAUGGCGUUGAACAGGCUGAUUUAGACAAAUCGGAAGGUCAAGAUCCUGAGGAUAUAUCUUCAAACACUGAAAUUAUGAACACUGGGGAUACUACAGUAAGACAAAUAUCGGAAGAUAAACCCAACGUUCCCGAAACUAAUGAGGAAGAGUCUGCUAGGAUCGAUAAUGGAGUAGAAGAUAUUAUGGAGAAAGCUUUUGGGGAGGCAGUAACAGGAGAACAAUUCCCUUCUGAACCAGCAUCUGGAAAAGGCCUAAGAGAAGGGAAGAGACCAAGGGAUUCAAUUAUGAAAACACCAACACCAACAGACGAUUCCACAAUAUCCUCUAUAAAUGAUAGCAAAACACACAAGAGUUUCACAGUUCUUGACGACAAGGAACCAGAUGAUAACAAAACGAAACGAAAAAGUGGAAAGAAAAAACUUAACAAACCAAGAUCUAAAUCGGAAGAGAACGACAAAAGAGCCCGAAGACCGAGCAAAAUUCCUACGCCAUUAGGAAAAACGAUGCUAUCGAAAAGUGAGAAGAAUUUGAACCUUAUUGAAGAAAAAAUGGAAUCUGGAGGGAAGGUUGGUUUUCUUCCGGAUACGAACAAUAGGAAGAACACCAUGAACGAACCAUAUAGAUCUAGAUCCACCAUAUCUGGUAGGAGGGUAUCUAUCUAUAGCGAUGAAAAAGGUAGCGGCUCUGAGGAUGACGAUAGGGAAAGGAUGCCUUCUAGAAGAAGAAGGGUAAAGAAGAGGUCACAUAGGAGGGAUUCUAGAAGUGCUGGAAGUGACUAUGAGAGUAGCAAUGUGAUAGACUCUGGGUUCGAGCCUAGUCCAAGAAGUGUGCGAGUGCCAAAAUGGAAAAAUAUGUCUGAACGUGGUGUCAAUAUGACUUCCGUUACACAAAGUAUACAGUCGAAUAUAAGAAGAUAUCACUUGGAAAGAAAAAUUUUCCAGCAUCUUCUCGAACUAAAGAGACUGCAGAUUCGUUCUGGGCAACAUAACGAAGCAACACUCGUGAAGAGGGCCAUAGAUGCAUAUCACACCUCUUGCGCGUCUACCGUAGGAGCUGGUAGAUACAUUUCCAGGGAUCUGUCUUUCAAGGCCUUCGAGAAAUUUUUGUACGAUUCGUUGAGGAAAUUGCAAAAGUUCGACCCUGAAUACCUCAAAGGACUUCCAGAAGCUCCAAAUAAUCCCUUGCUCUGUACUAGAAGCACGCAUAGAUGCAUGCACGCUACGCAUGCGUAUACUGGUGUUCCUUGCGCAGCAUACCUUCCGAAACUGGACCACCACACUAUACCAAAGAUAGGUUUCAACGAUUGCAAGCCCGGUACUGGAGGGUUCCUGCCAAACAUAAAUCCAAAAAAAUCGGUGACCCUAGAACUCUGCCAUGGAAACGACAAACAAAUCAUAUCACUGCCAGCUGAUCGUCUGGAUCAGAACAAACGUUACUAUGUCACGUUCACCGUCAAAGGAACUGAAAACGAUGGUGUAGCUGAAGAUGUUGGGCUGCCAGUUUCCGCUCACAGACAUUCUAGAAGUGACUGAAUGUUAGUGAAAUAGUAUUUAUGGAUAUUGUUAUUAUUGUUGUGAUAGAGAUUAUUAAAGAUGAUAUUUUAGUA